AUGUGGUCAAUAGUUCACUUUGAUGCUGAUAACUCUGUUGAACCAAUUCCAACACAUUGGUUAAAUAAAAAUAAAUCCAAAUGUGCUUGGCCAAACAACGACUCAUCAGCUGAUAGAUUAAGGAAUAAUAGAGAAAAGUCAAAUGAAUUUGAUUUUUCAUAUUUCAGCUGUCGUGUUCUGACUAAUAAUAUAAGUUCCUUAGCUGACGCUGUAAAAAAAGUAAAAUUAGCCAUGUAUACUUCGGAUUUAUCAGAUAUAGAAGAUAAGAAAACUAAAACAAAUAAGCAUACAAGUGAAAAAAAAAGAAAAGAUAUUAGUUUAUCAUCUAAAAACCCAUCUGAACAACUAAAUAAUGCACUGAAAUUAGUAGCUGUCACAAAUAGUAACUUGUCAGAUUAUGAUACAGACGAAAGCUCAGAAAAAUCUUUAUUCGAUGAUAGUGAUAAUGACAAAAAUUAUGAAUUACCAAUAGCUGACUGUUCCAAAAAAAGUAUACUUAACUAUGAUUCUGAAAAUGAUGAGCAAAAUAAUGAUACUUUGACUGCAGUUAAUUCUGCAACUUUAAACCAACAUGGUAUAUGUCUAGAUGAACAUAAAAAAAGUUCAACAUUGAAUAUUACGCCUAUCUCCAAAAAAUAUACUACACCAAGCAGGGUUGUUUUUCAGAAAGUUACAGAUACACAAAAUGUUACACCUUCAACAAGUAAUCACCAAAAUAAAGCAGAUAUUCAAAAUGUUCAAGUUGCAUACUUAACCAAUGAUGUAAUAAAUACACCAAGUGUAUCUCCUUUAGUGAACAGCAAUGAACAACAUUUAAAUUUUCAGAAACUUAUUUUGAAAUAUUUAACUUCCUUAAAAGUUGAAGUUUCUAAUAUUUCGGAUACUCAACAAGUGAUUAUUAAGUUGGUUAAUAAUAUCCAAAACAAAACUCAAGUAGACGAUUCAUGGGCAAAUGAAAUAGAUUAUUUUGUUUCUAGUUGGCCAAUAUCUGACCAUGAUGGUCUCAACGAUAUGGAAAAUAAAAUUAAAAGUGAUUCCAAUUUUCGAAAACAAGUUGUAAAUGAACUCGCAAGAAUUGGAGGAAAGUCGUAACAAAAUAUGAUAUAUAAAAUGUUAAAAAAAGUUUUUGAUGAUCAUAUUUUACUUGGAUUCACAUAUUAUGGGUUAAGAAAGAAAGAUAAUUUUUCUUUGACGGCAAUAAAUAAAGUAAUAAUUGGUAAGUUUUAUAUUUGUGAA